AUGGGUACAUGUACAAGUAGUUCUAAAAAACAUAGUAAAAAACAUUCGACAACCAAAGAUUUACAACCUGAACAACAACAAAAAAAAUCACUAAAUGAUGAACAUGGAAAAAGUUUAUUAAAUAAUAUUUCUAAUCAUGGUGAUCAAUUUACAUCACUUCCGUAUAUUGAUGAACAAACACCUACAAUAAAAGAAAGUAAAGAUAAACCUAAAUUUAAUGAACCACCAACAAAAACAACAGAUACAACAAAUAAUUCAACAGAUGAUGAUGAACGAACAACGGUACGAACAAAUUUUGAAACAAAUGUAUCAUAUUCAAGUGCUGAAACAAUUGAAAAUUUAAAACAAGAAGUAUAUAAAUAUGUUCAAGAAAAAAUUUUACCAUCAGAUAUUGAUACAGCUCAAUUAUACGAUUAUAUUAUUAAACGUUUUCCGUCAAAUAUAAAUCAAGAUGAAUUACAUCAUCAAAUUGAACGAUGUCUUGAUUUAAUAUCAAAAAAUCAAACACAAGAUUUACUUAAACAAUUAGUUAUAUUAGAUUCAAAUGAAAAUACUUAUAAAAAAAUAUUAAAUACACUUACCACAUAUGUUUCAUCAUUAUGUUCUGAUAAUUCAUUUUUAAAAGCUCUCUAUGGAAAAUUUGGGGAUACAUUAGAUAUUGAUAUGUUAAAUGCUGAAACAAAUGAACAUGAAGUGGUAAAUGUAACAGUAACAAAAACGAUAAAACAAGUUUAUAUUAAUUCACCAACUCCUUUAUCAAAUUUACCAUUAAAUAAUUCAUCAAAAUCAACUACAACUACAAUAAAUGAACAAAAAAUACCAGAUGAUUUACCAGAUGAUAUACGACGAAAAGCCGAACAAGUAAUGAAUAGUGUUAAUGAUGCUUUUUGUUACGCUCAAUAUCAAGGACAAGAUUUAGCGUUUGAAAAUCAAGCAUCAUUAGAAGAUCGAUUUUAUAAUAACAAAAGUUUUCAAGUAUUUUAUAUUGAAAUUAAAGAAGAGUAUCCUGUUAAUGAUCCGGAAGUUGGUAAUGCUGCACUCAAAAUACAAGCACAAUUUCGAGGACAUAAAGCCCGAAAAGAAAUUGAAAAAAUGAAAAAGACUACUCAAAAUGAUUUUGAUCAACAAGAACUUGGUUAUCAAAAAACAACAGACGAUGAUAAUCAAAUUGAUCGUGAACGACAACAACAACAACAACAACAGCAACAAGAUAAUCAACAGAAUAAUAAUAAUGAAGAACAAGAACGAGAACAAGAACGAGAACAAGAUCUAGAUAAUAAGCAAAAUGAAGAAGAAUUAAACUUUUUAGAAGAUGAUGAUAAUGAUCAAGAAUAUCAACAACGUGCUGCAGCAACAAUUCAAAAUGAUGAUGAAGAACGUCAAUAUGGUGACGAAUUCGGUGAUCAACAGCAACGUGAAGAUGAAGAAUAUCAACGAGAAGAGGAAAAUGAGCAGGAUGAUGAAGACAGCCGAGAAAAUAAUGAAGGUAUUUUGUUAUAA